CGGUUUAAGUUGAUAAACACGGAAGUGGGACAGGGCUUCAUGAAAUGGAAAAACAAGUUCUUACCGCACCGCCUCACAAAGUGUUAUGACACAGUCAUUACCGAUUAUUUUUAACCGUACACAAUCUUAGUUUACGCGCUUUCUGCUGUUAUCGUGAAAUAACCGUAAUUAUUUAUAGUUCUGCUGUAGACUAGUUGAGCACAAUGAACAACCGUAUUGCUGCUGUGAUAACACUAUGCAUUGGAAUGCAGGUGAAUGGCGCUUUGGAUUUCGAGAAAACGCGCACGGCAUAUUCUGCAAAGAUCUUUGGGUUCUCAUGGGAGAACUGCGGUAAGCCAGACGACCCAGCGGUUCUGAAGACCCUAGCCCUGUCCCCGGACCCCAUCACAGUUCCAGGGGACCUGACGGCCAGUGCUUCCGGGACCACAACGGUUGAGCUGGCCGCUCCCCUCGCUGUGAACGUGACGCUGGAGAAGGAGGUGGCAGGGUUCUGGGUCAAAGUCCCGUGUCUGGAAGAGAUAGGGAGCUGCCACUACACAGACGGCUGUGACCUGCUCAACCAGCUGAUACCGCCCGGAACGGACUGUCCCGAACCUCUACACACCUACGGCAUCCCCUGCCGCUGUCCCUUUAAAGCUGGGGUGUACACACUACCAGAGUCAGAUUUCUACCUCCCUGACAUUGACCUUCCCUACUGGCUGACCAACGGACACUACAGAGUACAGGGAGUGCUGGGAGCUGUGGGGAAAGAACUGGGCUGCCUCAAAAUCACCUUCGCUGUCCACUCUAAUAACUAAACGGUGGAUAAAUGACCUUCUCUAUCCACUCUAAUUAAAUGGUGGAUACAGGGAACAUAAUGUACCAUUCAGUGAGCUGGUGUACUGACACGUUGUCUUCUUUAUUCUCAAGGGAACUUCUACUGUAGUUUAGGACACGAUUCAGGCUCACUUUCAGGUAAAACGGUUAAGUUGAGUGAUUUUGCAUGGCUACCCCCUGGCUACCCCCUGGCUUCCCCCUGGCCACCCCCUGGCUACCCCAUGGCUACCCCCUGCUGGCUUCCUACUGUACUGCUAUGAACUUGUCAUAACCGUGUGAUUAUUUUUCAGAAUGUUUUACGCUGUCUUUUUUAAAUUAGAUUUAUUGUCAAGGGUGAAUGGCUGCUUCUAUUGCUCAUUGGUUUUUACCCUAGGCAUGGUACUGGUCACAUGACUAGUAGUUUUAGGAGUUUUUAUUGUGCCAUAGUGGUUUCUGGCUGACGCUUACUGUGUCAUAGUUUUUGGUUUCAUGGGUCAUAAUGAUGCUACUUGGUGACACUUCUGAUUUUACAACACAUGGGAAUAUGUUGUUCUUCCUGUUGAUUGUGAAAAAAUCUUUUUUUAUAUAUAUAUAUAUAUAUAAAGGUGUUUUAUUGUUGACAUGUUCAAAGUGCCUAAAUAGAUGCUUCUGGAAUGGGGGUCUACGAACCAGGUGGGACUGUGUGAAAGGGAAAUGGCAUGAACACAGACAAUCAAUUCCCUCCCUCAUAUGAUACCAAAAGGCUAAUCCUAUUCUAUAACCAGUUAAAGUGUUCUAAGAAAUAUAAGUGCACUUCCUAUCAUAAAAAUAAUUAUUCGAAUGAAAUGGUAAUCAAGUAUAGAAGUCUUUAGGAAUCAACACGAAGAAUUGCACCUUGAUUAUUUAGAAAUGAAAUGCUUACUACUGUAACAAAUCAGCAUGAUGCUGGUCAAUAUUUCACUGUAAAACCAUUUUUUCAAUAAAAUUAUAUCCAAUA